ACAGGUCAGAAAGCUGGAAAAACAGGAGAGGAGGAUGCCUUAAACUGGGAAAAAUUUCCUUACUCUGGGUUAAUAAAGGUAAGCUUAAACAUUUCCCUUUUUCCUCAUAGCAACAAUGAACAGGGUUACCCAGAAUGCAUAAUCCUUUAUUUAGGUGUAAAAACAAAUAUGGGAAUUCUUGGGGUCGACAACAGAGUAAAGAAUGGAGAAUGUGAACCUGAACUACUGAAAAAGGCACGUCUUGACAGUAUAAUGAACUGGGGGGCUAUGAUCGGGAAAGAAGUUGGUAUAGUUACAACUACAAGAUUGACUCAUGCUACCCCAGGGGCAGUAUAUUCGAACAGCCCUAGUAGGGACUGGGAGUCUGAUAUUGAUAUACCAGCAGACCAGAAAAAAGGUUGUUUGGACAUUGCUACCCAGCUUCUUAAUAAUGUUGAGUCUGGCAAUCUUGCUUUAGCCUUUGGGGGAGGACUUCAGAAAUUCAGAACAGUCAAAAAUGGAGGAGUGAGAAACGAUAUAGAUCUCGUAGAUAAAAUGAAAUCAGCUGGAAUUGAGGUGCUUAAGAAUACAGGGGAACUUCAAAGGUGGACUUUUGGGAAAAAGACGGUGGGUUUAUUUUCUCCCAGUCACAUGGACUUUGAAACAAAACGUGAUAAAUCUGAGUCAGGACAACCGAGUUUAUCAGAAAUGACAAGACAGGCAAUAAACCGGUUAUCAAAGAAUAACAAUGGUUUUGUUUUGAUGGUUGAAGGCGGGAGAAUUGAUCACGCACAUCAUGAAAAUCUGGGUAAAAUGGCUUUAGAAGAGACUGUUGAGUUAGACAAAGCAGUUCACACUGCAUUAGAUUUGGUAAAUAUCAAGGAAACCUUGGUAUUGGUUACUGCAGAUCACAGUCACGCAGUAACGAUGAGUGGAUAUCCAAAAAGAGGAAACAACAUCCUGGGAACUGUUUACGAACCAGAUAAGACAAUAAGCUACGCCAAUGGACCUGGUUUUAAGGAUCAUUGGACGCCAACUGGUUGGAGAGAUGUUUCAAAGUUGGAUUAUAAUGGAGAUGAUUAUCGACAACCUGCCAUGUUUUUCGCACCCUACGAGACCCACGGCGGAGAGGAUGUUUCAGUAUUCGCCAGAGGACCCCAGGCCCACCUAGUAACUGGUCUGCAUGAACAAAGUUUCCUUGGUUUACUAAUGGGGUAUGCUGCUUGUAUGAAUAAAAAAGAAUUCGGAUGUCCUGUUCAAGAUUACAGUUCAUCAUCAGCCAGUUUGAGCUUCAGAACAACCUUCAGCUUACCACUUGUUAUGAUAAUAUUGAAAUAUGUUGUAUAGAUAAAUGUUGUUACUCAUUAGUGUUAAAAUAGAUAUGUAUAUAUGUUUAUGUU